CACACUUGUAAACCACAAAGCGCUGACUGUGACGAACCGUAACAACAUAAUGUGCGAGUCGAGCACUUUAAGUCAUGAUAAAGAGACUGGGAUCUGUCAUUUUCUGUCCUUUGUGUCCCGGUUACCUUGUCAUCACCAAGGGUUUAAUUACUGCCAAGACAAACAAGGAGACACCUCAUGAGGGACCAGACGGAGAAGAGGAGAGAAAGCAGGUGAGGCGGAACCAAAACACGGGCUCAGGCUCGUAGCUUUGGAAUAUCAAAGCUUUGGCUCAAAGGUGCAGAGGCGAGAGGUGAUCUGUCUCAGCAUGACAACGUUUAUGGAUGCGUGUGAGAGGGAAAGUACCGAUCCUGGGAGGAGGAACUAAACAGAGCUCUGAUUGAAAGGCUCUGCUGCAGUUCUGUUUCUUCAUUGUUUUUGAGCAUAUCCAUAUUCUGCCAUGAUCAGGACAGCUGCUGACCGAAUCCAAAGGAAAAAUGUUGAAAGGCCUUUCAUGAAUCCCAUAGGACUGGGGAUCAAGAUCACUUUUGAAGAUGAUAAGAAAAUUCGACAAACUGGAAAUCAAACACUUAUAUACCAAAAUCAAAGAAGCAUAAACGACCAGGUUCUCUCUGUUGUUCUCAGAUCCACUUGAAAAAUGAACUUCCCCACUUCCAGUAAUUAUAAACCACACAGCGCACAAGUCCCCUUUACCAGCUCCUCUCAGACUGUUUGUACUUCCCCUCAAGAUUUCUCAUGUUCACUGACUCCUGCGGAUGACUAAACCAAAAGUCAGUGAACGUGCUCCAACACAGGUCGACAUUUGGGGAAAGGAUUUCAGUGAUUUAUUAAUUUUUGUUCACAAAGCCGCCUUUUCUUUUAUUUUCCCCCAUCCUGUGCAGUCAUGCAUACGCACACACAGCAUGUGGAGGAAGGGGGGAAUGCUGUGACUCAUGAUGCGAAUAUGUUGAUUUAAGUUGUAUAAACAAAGAAGUCAUUCAGGGGGAGCAGAUGCUGGUUAGAAGCUAUAAUUUCCUGGAACACUUCUCCUUUUCUCAUUACAGAUUUUCCCAGUUUUUGGAAAAGAUUCAUCCAAACAUUUCCCCAGAGUUCAGCUGUGUCCAUCCGUCUUCCAGGGAUGCCCGAGGAUGUGGUUCAAGGAUCCCAGCAGGAGGAACCAGUUAGUGCAUCCCCCUUUCCCAGCACCAGCCCUGGGGAGGCCGUAGAUUUAGAGUGUCCCAUUUGCUACCAGGAGUACAACCAGUACAACAAAAGCCCCCGGAUGUUGGAGUGCCUCCAUGUCUUCUGCACAGAGUGCCUGCAGAGGAUCCAGCUCAACCCCUGCGACCCCGCUGAUCCCCGCGGCGGCCCACAAGCCAUCCCCUGCCCCCUCUGCCGCCAUUUAACCCCUCUGCGCACUGGGAACGCCCUCGCUUUGCCCUGCAACUCCCAAAUCAUGUCCAGGCUGCCCCGCGUGGCGGCCUUCCGGAUGCCGGCGACAGUUUCCACACGCGUGGCGACGGUCACCCAGAGAGUGGUGCUCUCUCUGGAGGGCGCCAGCAGCGGCGGCGGAGGCGGCAGGGACAGCCACUUCAUCAUCCUGCCCACCGUCAGCCUGCAGGUGCAGCAGAUGCACCCGGACAGGCCGUACGGCGCGGCCGCGGACCUGGUGGGCGAGGAGGGGGUCAUACAGCAGAGCCGGAGGACCCUGCUGUGCGUGCAGCUGCUGGCCGUCAUCUUCUGGGUGCUGUUCGUGAUCACCUGCGUGGUCGGCGUGGUGUUUGGGCCGCACUUGUUCAACAGGAAAUUCUAAUUGGGUGGGGUCACUUUGGUAGCAGAUGCUCCUGACAUAAAGACAAUAUGUGAGUGGUUUCUAUUUAGGCUGAUGAACAUUUACUUAAAUACCUCAUUGUGGAUGAUGGCUGGUGCUAUUGCUACUUUUUCUUUUUUUCUUACACGGAUGAAGGGCUCCCUCUAGUGUCACACGGCAGUAAUAGAUUCUACACAUCUGUUCUUUGGCAUAGUUGGCCGCUUUAUUCGAUGCACUUCGCAAGAAUUAUUCCUCAGAGAUUUUGGUGUAAAUUGACUUUAUAUCAUCACAGCUGCUGCAGACGCGUCUGCUGUUCAUCCCAGAAGUGCUUUACUGAUGAGAACAAAGUACCCAUCAGAAGAUGGGCACACGAUGUCCAUGCAGAGAGGACGAGGGCAAUUAAAAGAAGGUCACAAGUGGCUAUUUGAGGUUCUGUUGUCCUUCUGUCAUCUGGAAGCACUCUGCUCUUUCUCCUCUGACAUCAAGUCCUUUUUGUCCAUACAACCACCUCUCAGUGGACAUUUUCCUCCUUUCAAACCAUUCUCUGUUGUGCAUCAAAACCCCAGCAGCAGGCACAAAAAAAAGUCAUGUUCAAAGUCACUUUAACCCUCUUUGUUCCCCAUUCUGAACUUCAGCAAAUAUUCUACACUAGGUCUAGAUGCCUUUGUGAUGAACUGAUGUGCAGUCUUAGUGAAGAAUCAAUUAGAGAUGUGUACCUAAUGAAGUGGCCAGUAAGUGAAGCUUCCUCUUUAGCGACAUGUGAUGCUUGAUAAUAUUAUAACAAAAGAUGUAUUUGGACCAGAACUGCUCUGCUAAGGAUUCCUGCCUCAACUACACAAAAUGUUCCAAAGUAUCCUGAAGGAAUAUGUUUUUUAAAAAAUGGUUCAUUUAUGCUAUUAUUGUAAUUAUCAUUAUCAUCACCAUUAUUAUUAUGAUUAUGAUGAUUAUUAUUGUUACUACAAUGUUUAUCUGGCCUGGGACCCAUUUAAAAGUGUCUGAGGUGAACAAUGUGAAUAUGAACAGCAGUACUGAUUCUGUAAUGUAAUAUUCCUUUUUCUGUGUGUGUGUGUGUGUGUGUGUGUGUGUGUGUGUGUAUUUUGUGCUUUGAGUGUUUUUUAUUUGUUUAAGAGAGACACAUUUAUUAGAAAUACUAAUAUUUGGAAUCUGAUUACCUUCAAUAAUCAGGAUUAGAAUUUCUGAGGAAUUUUAAGUGAUUAUAAAACUAAGGAGAGAAUUU